AAAAUCUGAACUCUUAUGAGAGAUACGAGCAUUUUUGCACAGAUCCUGUGUUGUUUUUCUUUACUUAACUUUCUUACACCGCCCAUUAAGUCGAUAAAUAAAACAACGGGUCGUUCUCCCCACAUUGGCUGCUAAAUAAAUAGUUUAUGGUGUUAAUCCAUAACUCAUAUUUUGGUGUCUUUAAAGGAGGCAUUUUCUUAAUCAAUGCGUUAUUGUUAUCCGUAAACAUAAUUAUAUGUGGGGAGGGGGGAAAAAAGCCACAUCAAAAGUGAAGAUCGUUGUUUUAUUUAUUUCUUGCUUGCUUAAUCUGUGUAUUAAGUCUAUAAUAUUCAGCUCUGCAUGUUCAUGUUCAGUGUUAUUGACUGCGUCCAUAAUUAGCAUGCAGGAACACGCUGAGAACACCGAGCCCUCAGCUCGCUCUCUCUCUCUCUCUCUCUCUCUCUGGCACAAACGCUGGAAGAAGUAGUCUGACUGGAGCAGCUGCACCGACUAGAUCAGCACUUCUUUAUGUUUCCCCCCCAUGUCUGAUAAUGAAUCAGCUGAAAUGACAGAUAUAAGGUCACUGUAAACAAACAAAUGAGACUAAAAGGGACUGUAUGGGAAAGCACUUCUCUACAGUACAGUAAAAUCAUCUGAGUAAAAGAUUUUGAAUUACUCAUUUUGAUUGGUGCUUGGUUAGCUAAUGUAUAAAUGGGGUUAUUGUUUUAAAAAAAGGGUUCUGCUUCAUAGAAUUGAUUUAAAUUAGCCAAUAAAGGGCCUAUUUCUUAAAUAUUAAAAGAUGUAUGACUUCCAAUGAUGGUUGAUCAAAGUUCCAAGAAGUUUUCGAAUUAACCUUGUCUAGGUCGUCAUGUGUUUUGUUCCAGCAUAGCCUUUAUUUUUAUUUUUUCCACUUAAAGCUAGAAAGGAUUCGGUUCGAGAAUGUUUUUGUUUUCAUUUUGCGUUUGUGUUGAACUCUAAAGUCCGCAAUUCUCUGGAAGCUAAGGAAAAACGUAUUAUUGUCAGACUGAAUUAAAACUCAGGGUCUCCAGAUCCUGUCCUUACCACUUCAUGAAGUUCUGCAGAGACCAGGCAGCAAGUAAUUCAUUUGAUUCAGGUGUGUUUGAGAAGGGGCGCAUCUAAAGGCUUGUUUGGAUUGUCUGUGAUAGACUGACACAAAGUAGUGUGCAUGAUUGUAAAGUGGAAGGAAAGUUAUACCAUUUGCAGAUUCAAAUCAGGAAAGUAUGUUUUAUCUUGCAUUUUUCGAAUCAGGAGCCUCCACCCCUAUCUCAAAUCUUUUGCAAUUUCUAACAAGUUUUCCUCUAGGUGUGUGACCUUUAUUUAUCUCCAUCCAUUUCUCCUUCAUCGUCCUUGCUGUAGAGAAGUGUCGCCUCAGCAUCUUCCUGUAACCGCCGUGUGUUUGAGUGUCUGCAGCACAUCUUGAGUUUACGUGGGCCUCUUUGCUGCUGCUUCUAAACCGCCUUAAUUUGCCUUUUUAAAAACACAAAUUGCUUCCCUCCCACUUUAAUUAUACAUUAAACUAUGUGUGGGUCAUAAAAUUCCAAUAAAUCUCACUGAGUUUUGCUGUUUCACCGUAUUCCCUAGACUUUUUUAUGUUCUGCUGGCAGUACAGAACAUUCAGUCAGAGAGAACUUAACCACCUUCAUUCCUCUGUGUUUUCAUAUUCAGUCUGUUCUGAUUAACUGCGUGUCAAACCAAGUUACUCAAUAGAUGUUGCUGUUUGAGUUGCUGUGAGGAACAGUAACAUUUGCAUAAAACUGACGUGACGACACGCCUAAAGUCCAACCGGAGGCUCCCUGCUCAACAUUUUUGAUGAUCUGCACAACAUCACCUCAGGGAUUUGGCCUCUGAAAAACACAAGCCAUGUACCAAGUGGUGCCCGGCGGCGCCGGGGGCACGAUUACAGAUGUUAUCCCCAAGCAGAAGCACACCAAGGAUUCUCGACCCUUGGUUGGAGCUGGAGUUAUCGGCCUGUUUCUGGUCAUCGCAGCAGUGACUGCCUGGUGUUAUUACAUAGCCUCCCUGCGCAAAGCUGAGCUGCUGAAGACUCAGCUGCUGGAUCUCAAUAAGGACGGCUACAUUAUCCGCAACCAGGGAGGGUCCAUUGUCUUCAGAAUGGAUUUCAGAUCCGGGACUCUGGACUUGGACUCCUGCUCCAAAGAGGAGGAAAUCCUUCGUUGUGUUCGGACCACUGACAGGAAGCUUAAGUUUUUCAUAAAGACAGUGCGGCCCAAGGACACUGUGCAGUGCUAUCGUGUGCGCUGGGAAGAACUGGUCCCCAACAUUCCUGUUGAGCAUGCCAUGACUUACAAGUUCGCGCACUGGUAUGGGGGAGCAGUGUCAGCAAUUCAGCACUGGCCUAUUUCUAUUUCAGGCCAACAGGCUCCCAAGCCCUUUGUCACGAGCGACAUUUACUCAAACCGGGAAGAAUUUGGAGGAAUCUUAGAAAGUUACUGGUUGUCAUCCAACGCCACUGCCAUCAAGAUCAACAACUCUGUGCCUUUUCACCUUGGCUGGAAUGACACGGAAAAAACCAUGUACUUCCAAGCAAGGUAUCAUGAUACUCCUUUCAAGCCAAACCCCGGUGAGGCUCCUUGUGCUGAACUGAGCUACAGAGUCUGCGUAGGUUUGGAUGUGACAUCCAUACACAAGUACAUGGUUCGGAGAUACUUCAACAAACCAUACAAAGUGCCUGCCAAAGUCAUGUUUGAGCAUCCUAUUUGGUCGACUUGGGCUUUAUAUAAGCGUGACAUUGAUCAAGAAAAACUUUUGACGUACGCUGCCAACAUUCGCAAGUACAAUUUUAACUGUAGUCAUCUGGAACUCGACGACCGCUACACAAAACGUUAUGGAGAUUUCGAGUUUGACCCAGUCAAGUUCCCUAAUGCAUCUGAAAUGUUCCAAAAGUUAAAAUCGGAUGGAUUUCUGGUGUCUCUAUGGAUUCAUCCUUUCGUUAACUAUGACUCUGAAAACUUUCAUCCUCUGGUAGAGCGAGGGUUGUUUGUCCGAGAGCCAACAGGACGGCUGCCUGCGUUGGUUCAUUGGUGGAAUGGCAUUGGCGGCAUCUUGGACUUCACCAACCCAGAGGCCCGGGAAUGGUUUGCCUCCCAGCUACGUUCACUGCGCUCAAAGUAUGGGGUGUCCUCUUUUAAAUUUGAUGCAGGGGAGACGAACUACUUACCUUGGAAAUUUAGCACAAAGAAUCACAUUCGCGACCCCAGUUUUUUCACAAGGCGCUACACAGAGAUGGCUGUUCACUACAAUGAUCGAGCUGAGCUGCGCAGUGGUUACCAAUCCCAGAACAUAUCCUGCUUCUUCAGACCGACUGAUAGAGAUUCUGUCUGGGGUUAUGAGCUGGGCCUCAAAUCUCUCAUCCCCACAGUGCUCACCAUCAGCAUCCUUGGGUAUCAGUUCAUCCUGCCAGACAUGAUCGGGGGCAACGCCUACCUGAACCACACAAGUGGAGAUCGGGCAUUACCUGAUCGAGAGCUGUACAUCCGCUGGCUGGAGCUGUCUGCCUUCAUGCCUUCUAUGCAGUUUUCUAUACCUCCAUGGGAAUACGAUAAUGAAGUGGUAGAAAUUGCUCGGAAAUACACAGCCAUUCACAAAAGUCUUGUGGCACCGCGGGUCCUCGAGCUGGCAGGGGAGGUUUUGGACACCGGGGACCCGAUCAUACGGCCACUGUGGUGGAUUGCCACUGGGGAUGAGACGGCCUAUAAAAUUGAUUCCCAGUUCCUGAUUGGGGACGACCUAAUGGUAGCUCCAGUUUUAGAGCCAGGAAAGCAAGAACGAGACAUAUAUCUACCCGCUGGGCACUGGAGAAGCUACAAGGGGGAAAGAUUCGACAUCAAGGAGCCGCUGCACCUCACAGAUUAUCCGGUAGACCUGGAUGAAAUUGCCUUCUUUCUUUGGGUUUAGCAAGAAAGAAAAUGAAAGACUUGAUCAUCUUAUGCUCCUAUUUCCCUCCUUUUGUGCCUUUCAAAGAGAUUCAAACACCUUUCAUAUUUUGUCACUCUACAAGCAUAAAAGUCAACGUAUUUUCAUGAACUUUUUAUGUGUUAAUUUCCCACAAAGUGUUAUGUAACCUAACGUGAAGUAAAAGGAUGCAUGGUUUUAAAAAGAAUUCUGCAGCUGGAAAUGUAAUUUGGUUUUUUUCUUCUUGUUUUUCACAUCUAGAGACUGAAAUGUUUCUCCAUUGGUCUUUGCAAAAUAGCACAACUUAAUCAGAUUUGAAGUAGAGCAUCCUGGCACAGAUUCUCAUUUCCAUUUAGGUCUGGAUUGUCUAACCCAUUCCAAUGUACCUGUGUCUGUUUUGGUUUAGGGUAUCCUAAAUGACUUGAGAAACUUCCAAAAUUACAUCAUGUUUCUUUCCUUCAGCAAUGACUUUGUUGCUGUUGCUGCCCUGUAAAGUCCAGAUUAGUAGAGGGCAUAACAAUUUUUAUAAAAAUCUUCCAGAACUGAGUUUUUGAUCUAUGCAGCUCCUUCAUUUACAGCUCAAAAUUUCAUGACUACUUUUCAGAUUAAUGCUCCACUUGCUUGACUUUAGGAUAGUCAUGUCUUGGCAGGUUUGCAGUUUUGUGACAUUUUCUAUUUUUAGAUCACAGAUUGAACAGCCCUCUGUGAGAUCCUCACUGCUACAGACAGUUUUGUAAGCCAAAUCUGCUGUAAGCUUAUCAGCAAGUUUAUUGAUAUGUUCUUUGGUCUUUAUGUUGCUGUUUGUUCCCUUAUGCUCUUCAACAAAUUGUCUUCAAAAAACACCUAGAUUUAUUCAUAAAAAUUGACACAGUGGUUUCUCAAGGCAAUUGGUGGCCCUGGAUUUUCUUAAGGAACAUCAGAGUAAAGGGGGGCUGCAAGAAAAACGUUUCAGAGUUGUAAAAUAUCUUGAAAGCCAUGCAUCUCUCGCCUACCUUUUCACAAUUACUUUGUGUUAUGCCACAAAGAUCCCAAUAAAUUUAUUGUGGUUUGUGAUUGUAAUGUGACAAAAUGUGAAACCGUUUAAGGGGUUUGGAUAGUUUGCCACUGUACAAGUAUAGCAGGUGACAUGAUGUGAAAUGUAAGAAAGUUCACCUUCCCUAAAACAGCUGCGAACAGGAAUUUAACUUGUGAAAUUGCAGCAGAUAUAAAAAGUUUGGUCUUUAUUUGAAUUCUGUUUUUUUAAAAUUGCUUAUUGUUGCCAUAUUCUUUAGCAUUUGCCACUUUUUAAAAACAGAAAUCUGUUACCUUUAGCCAGCACUGGCCACUUUAUGCCAUUCUGCCUUACCAAGAGCAGCAACAGAACUAAGCACACAUUUAAAUCGCUGUAUAAUCUCAAGCUUAUUGAAUAAGCAAUCAGAAUCCAGAUUUUAGAUAUUUAUCAUAUUUAGCGCCGCUUCAAGUCUUAUAUUGAACAUUUGGUAAAGAGGGAAUAUAUAAGCCAAGAAUUGUUUGCCAUAAAGCUGUUUUAUCAGUGCCAUUAGGCAGAUUGCACGCUACAUGAUGAUAUCCUGUUCUCCCGUGACUCUGACUGCUCUUCUCGUCGUUUGUUGAUUCUUAUCAGGAAGCCAGGUUUAACGCUUCAGUUAUCAGGACAAGAAGCUGCAGGUUUAAUCAUUACAUUGCUCUCACUGUGUAACAUGGUGCCUUGCAAGACGUUUUAGACAAGUAGAAGAUGUUUUAAAUAUUUAACGCUUUUACUCAGGUAACGGCUUUGUUGUGUUUAAGGUGUGUAACCCCUAUUAAUGCUUUCAAACAGCUAGAAACAUUAUAAUGUAAUGUAUUUGUGGAUGGCUGUAACUGGAAUCCUAAAUGUUUAUUCAGCUUUUUAUCAAUUAAAUGAUAAAUAAUUAGAAUUUUGUAAGUCAAUAACUUAGCUGACCUGGAUUCCCAGCCUAAAUGGUACAAUAUUUUCUUGUCAUAUUUCUUUAAUGUAAUGUUUCUGUAUGUUUUUCACUUUGUUGCUACAAGCUGCUCAUUUACCCCGUUCCUUUUUAGAUCGUGGAACAUCAGUUGUUGCAAUAUAAGCUUUUUUAAUAGGGUCUUUUGGUAACUAAAGAUGAAACAGAUAUCAAUCAUCUGAUUCAGGAUCGGAUCUUCAGACGAAUCCGUUCGUCUGACAUCUCCAAUGGAUACCCAAGAAUACCUCCUGUGUUUCCCCCACCCCAAAAUAAAAUGAGACAAAUACUGUGAACAAGUGCCAACUUCAUUUGUGCUUCACAUAUUCAGGCAUAUAUAAAAUGACACAAUUCAAGGACUCCCUAAUGACGGGAGUUUUAGUAUACUUUCUUUUUGUGUUAGUCUUUUAAAAAAUGUUUGUGAAUUCUUGAUCCUUUUUGAAGCUGAAAUAAAAUAUGACAUUGAAAUUUAAGACCAAGGCCCGGCCCACUCCUCUCUCUAUUAAUGUGUGAAUUGACCCUUUUUGAAAUAUUGUAUAUUAAUGCUUUGUGCCUUUGACCCAUAAAGUGGUGCUAAUCUGACUUGAGCCUUCAGCUUGCUGCUUCGGCACUGACCUCAGUGUGCUUUGUUUAUGUCCUUUGACAUCUUGUCAAGAAAACAUCGUAUUUAUAGCAGCUCUCACUUAGCAUCUGUGCCAGGCUCAUCUUUGACACCAUUUCUGUCUUAUGGCUAGACUGACUGGUCUGGCUAUUUUUGCUUUUGAUUCUUUGAGCUCAGUGUGUGCCUUUGAUGUUUAAUUUUUUUUAAAUAUAUGUUUGGAUGUGACUAAAAGGCUGCAUUCAUUCUAAUGCAAUUUUGUAUCAAUGUAUUAAAAGAAUUAUGAGACCAUC